UAUUUUUCCAAAACAAAUUUAAUUUAAUUAAAAAAAUAAUAAUAAUAAAAUAAAAGUGUAUAAUUAUUAAUUAUUAUUAAUAUAAAUAUAUAUAUUUAUACUAUAAAAUAUAUUUUAAGUUGAUUUUUAAUUUAAUUAUUGUGUAAAAAAAAAAAAAAAUAUUUAAAAAAAAAAAAUUUUCUAUUUUUUUUUUAUUGUUAUUAUAUUAGAUUUGUUUACUAGAUACUAUUUUAUUUAUAAAAUGCUACUAAAAAAUAUUUCACUUUUAAUAACAGUUUUUUUAAUUGCAAUAAGCUUUACAAGUGGAGAAAAUGUGCAAAGGGAAAAUAAAAAGUUUGAUGUUAACAGUAUAGUUGAUCAAAUUAAAGAAUAUUCUAAUCAAUAUAAUUUAAACCAACAUCAGUUAAUCAGUGUAAUUAAUUAUGCAUGUAGUUACUAUCCAGAAAACUGUUUGUUAUAUAAUGGUAGAUUACCCGAUGCAUUCAUGUUAUAUGCUAAAACUCUUUUGAAGAGCAAAGCAAAUGAACUCAAUCAAGCAAUUCAAGAGAGUUUAAAUUCAAAUACAAAUAAUGAUUUUUUUAAAAUCUCACCUGAAUCAAGCCAAAAAUUACAAAAGUUAUUUAUUCAAUUUAGUUUAUUAUCUGGUCCAACUACAGCUGAUGGUGUAACAGGAAACGGACAAGGAGCAAUGGAUAUUCAAAACAUUCAAAACAAUGCCAAUGCUCAAUUAGCUGCAGCACAACAACUAAUUCAAAAAGCCAAACUAGAAGCUGAAGCAAAAGAAGCUGCUAAAAAAGAGGCUGAAAAAAAAGAAGCUGAACGUAAAUUAAAGCAUGAUGAAAAGUUAAAGAAAAAAGAAAAGGAAGCUGCUGAAUUAAAAGAAAAACAAGAAAGAGAAAAAAAAGAAAAGGAAGCUGCUGAAUUAAAAGCUAAAAAAGAGCAAGAACAAAAAGAAAAGGAAGCUGCUGAAUUAAAAGCCAAACAAGAGCAAGAGCAAAAAGCUAGGGAUUCUUUAAAAAACAAGAUUGAAGAAGAAUUAAGAGCAAAACUUGCUGCUGAAACUGCCGAAAAAGCAAGACUUGCUGCUGAAGUUGAAAAAGCUAAACAAGCCGCUGAAAAAGCACAACAAGCUGCCGAAGCUGCUGAAAAAGCAAAACAAGCCGCUGAAGCUGAAAAAGCAAAACAAGCCGCUGAAGCUGAAAAAGCAAAGCAAGCCGCUGAAGCCGAAAAAGCUAAACAAGCCGAAGCCGAAAAAGCUAAACAAGCUGAAGCCGACAAAGCAAAACAAUCAAAUAAUAUGCCAACUGAUAAACCCGAUUAUUUAGGUCAAUUCCUCGAUUUCCUUGAUAUUGUAACUCAAAGCAAAAACACCAAUGAUAAAAAUAUUCAAUUCAAACAAAAUACAUCACCAGCAAUUAAAUCAUAAAAAUAUCCCAUUCCUCAAUCAUAUUUUUAUAAAUUUAUUUAAAACAUUAUUUUAGUUUAAUUUAAAAAAAAUAAAAUUUAAUAGAAAUUUAUUUAUUUUCUAUUUUUAUUAUUUCAUUU